AUGCGAAAUAAAUUUCAAGCCGCUCUUAGGGGCGUAACGCGACAAUACAUUAUACGACAGUCGUGGCCCCGUGGCAGCGAGAUAUUUAGGACGCAACUGAUAAUACACGCAUCUUCUACUAGCCCAUUCACCUGUAGGAACUACUCAAAGUUUAGCACACAUCUAUCUAUGGAGCGGGCGAUGGAGCUGCUAUGCAACCUUGAUGACGAGGAACGCAGCAACCUGCGCUCCGCUCUUAGCAGGCUGGAUGCCGACAAGGAAAAAAAAUUAUACGAGAGUCAACUGGCUUUCGGUAGUUGGCGCACUCGCUUCGGACGACUUUCUAAUAAGACGGAAUUGGGCCAAGUUAUUGCGGGAACUUUUUGCGCAGUGCCCGAUGAUUGGCUGCGAAAAAAAUUGGUUGAGACGGCAGCAUCGCCCACUGCAGGUCAAUUGUACAGCAUUUUCUUUGUAAAUGCAGUGCCGUUUGUUGCUUUCGGAUUCCUUGACAAUUUCAUAAUGAUCAUGGCGGGUGAAUACAUUGAAUAUUAUUUGGGCCAUUUUAUUACGCUGUCUACGAUGGCAGCCGCAGGACUAGGAAACACCAUAAGCGACAUUCUGGGCAUCACUAUGGCCACCUACGUUGAGAACGGGUGCCAGAUAUUAGGUCUAAAGCAGCCCAAUUUGACUCCAGCGCAAUUUGAAUUAAAGUCCAGCAAGCGGUCGUCAAGUUACGGACGGAUUGUCGGGAUCACUGUAGGCUGUUUGCUUGGAAUGUGCCCUUUAUGGUUUAUGGAUGAAAAAGCAGAUAAGGUGAAUGUAAAAGAUGAAGUCCCCAAAAAUUAGAAAGUGUUUUCCAGCUUGUCAAUACACCGCAAAUAAUUUAACAACAUUUUCUUUCAUGUUUUAAAAGGAUAAAGUGUUUUUAUUAUUAAUGAAUUUUUCGUUUAACAAUUUGAAUAUGUAUCAAAUGUUUGUUAAGCAACUUAAAAAACGUACCAAAAGUAUCUGAGGUAAACAUAUGCUCACCGGCGGUAAUUUUAUUCACAAAUUUUUAAUAUUUUUUUAUCAUAUAAUAAAUUUAUAACUGAUCACUCAAAUUACCUGAGCAUCAAAAUUCAUGUGCAAUACUGUCUUGAGAUUUAACUCUAUACAGUGCUGUUUAACUUCACUGAAUAGAUUUGGAAAAUAUUUUUCUCGUGUGCCGUCAUAGUCAUGUAGUUCAUUAAACUGAUUGAUUCAAAUGCAUCUCAGAAAGUUUUGGGACUGCCAUGUUAUAAGUUUUGGUAUGUUUUUUAUUUAUUUAUUAUUUUAUUAUUUAUUAUUUUAUUUUGUUUUAUUGAAGUUCACAGAAAUUAAAAUUGUUCAUAUAAUUUUAGUUAUAGAAAUCUACUUGCACAUAGAUUCUUUUGCUUUUUUUUGUUCAGUUUUUAUUAGAAAUCACGGAUUUUAAAUCACUGAUCAAAAUUGCUAGUUGUAUAGCAUAUAAUUGAUCAGUACCGUACUAAAAGGUUUCUUGUCGAUCCUAAUUUUCACAAGUAAAAAAAAAUAUAAUUUUAUUUAACUGAAUAAUUACAAAUCUUUAUUUUGAAGAACACCGACAAUUAAAUUUUAGGUCUCAAACUGAACUCAACUUAUUGAUCUAGAUUGAUUGACGUUUAAGCCUCGGUCUCGAGCUUUUUAAAUAUAGACUUUGGACGUUAGAGUUCUAAUGAGAUUUUGGAGUCUGCUUUCGAGCUAGUGAGUCUGGGCUUUGAAACGUGGAAACAUGCUGAUUUGACAAAUUGAUGCAACGGAUGUUUGGUUUUCUGGUGGGGGAUUUGUUUGGGGUUUUAGAUUUCAUCAUCUGGGCAAUUUUGGGUUUAUUCCAUUUAGCCUUGCUUUGAGUUUUUCCAUUAUGUGACAGUUGUUCUUAUCUAGUAAGUAGGCGUGUGUAGACAUGUUCUUAAGUCUAAGGGAUUUAGGGAUAUGUCCCUAUAUAGCUAAUCGGGUCGUAAGUAUGUAUAACGUAGAAUAAAUUCACCUGUUACUCUAGGAAAAACAAGAUUAAGUCAAGCGAGAGUUUUCAUUAAAAACGAAAUAAAAAUUUGGAAAAUGAAACGUGUUAUUAAAUUUAUCAUAUUACUUAAAACCCUGUUUAAUAAUGGCUAUAAUCUUGAAAAAAUUCCACAUUUUCAUGCAGUAAGUAAUUAACAUUAAGUCUUUUAACAAAAUGCUCAUGUAAAAAACCCCCAAUUUGAUAUGCCUACGUAGAUUAUAAAUAUUACCUCUUUAUUAAGAUAAAUUAUUAAAUUUCGCUCUCAGAAUCGACAUUUACAACAAGAUGAAAACAAAAAUUUAUAUUUAUUUAAUAGGUAUAUUAUUGUAAUGCAGCAGACUAUUCGGAAAUACUUGUUUUACAACACAAUGCUCUAAAGCUUCCUUAAAAUGAAAAUCAUGUCCAACGCAUAACAAUUUGACAAUCUGAACGCGCUUACCCCGUGGGCAAUUUAAAACCUAAAAAAACGUGUUUUGCAGCACAUAUGUAUGAAACCACUAAGAACAUUCCACUUUUUUGUGAAACAUUGUACACAAUUCAAACAAAAUAUAGUAUGCUACUCAGCUAGUGCAAAUGCGAA